AUGGCGCUGCAGGGCGGCGGCGAGGCGCUCCAGGCAGGCGGCGACGCGCAGGCACGCGCCGUGCCUGGCAAGCUGCACGUCGUCUGCCGCAAGACGAGGCUCUGCAAGUUCGACCUGCUCGGCACUUGCUCCAAGGGCGACGCGUGCGGCUGGGCCCACGGCAGAGGCGAGCUGCUGCCGACGCCGGACCUCUCGCGCACGAAAACUUGCCCUUCGUUCCUGGCGCAGGGCCGCUGCGACCGCGCCGCGUGCCGCUUCGCCCACGGGCGGGGGGACCUCCGCCGCGUGCGGCUGCGGCAGGCCCGCCCGGGCGGCCCUUCGCCGCCGCCGGGCGGGCGGGCGGGCGCGGCGGCGCAGUGCGUGGGCCUGGACCGCCAGCUCAGCGUCAGCACCGCCGCCUCGGAGCGGGAGCCAGGCACGCCGCCGCCGAGGGACCGUUUCCUCAAGACCAAGCUCUGCGCGUUCUUCCAGCGCGGAUCCUGCAGCAAGCAGGGGUUGUGCAGCUACGCGCACUCUGAGGAUGAGCUCAAUCCGCUGCCGAACCUGCUGCGCACCAAGAUGUGCAAGGCCGCAGCCGCUGGGCAGCACUGCAGCAACGAGGGCACCUGCAGGUUCGCGCACUCCGACGACGAGCUGCAGCGCGCCUGCAGGCCCAGCCCAUGCAUGGUUCGGCUCAAGAGCUUCGUGCCAGGAGCGGAAGGCGUGCGGGUGUAUGCGGACGGGGCCGGGGCUCCGGCAGUCCUCCUGUCGCGAGCGCAGCUGGGUGCCGCCUCCGCGGCUGGCCACCAGGAGAUCGCCGCGUUGCUGAAGGGCAUUGCUGAUCUCGACGGACAGGUCAAGGAGGCCACGCAGACCCGGGAGGAGGAGAACGCCUUCUACAAGAAGACGAUGCAAGAGGACGCCGCCGCGAAGGACAUCCUGAAGAUGGCGAAGAACCGCCUCGCGAAGUUCUACGCGCCCAAGAUGUACGCGCCGCCCGCGAAGGUGGAGCGCAGCGCCAUGGGCCGCAUCUCCGAGGAGAUGAGCCUCGCGCAGCAGCGCGCCGACCCGGGCCCGCCGCCGGCCACCUGGGGCGCCUACGCGACGAAGAGCGAGGAGCACGGCGGCGUCGUCGCGAUGAUGGACCUCCUCAUCACCGACCUCGACAAGGAGAUGGCUUCCAUGACCACCCAAGAGAAGGACGACCAGGCCGAGUACGAGGCUUUCAUGGCCGAGGCCGGUGACAAGCGCGCCGCGGACUCCAAGUCCACGUCGCAGAAGGAGGGCGAGAAGGCAGACUUGGAGGCCGCGCUGGUGAAGCUGCAGCAGGAUCACAAGGACACGAGCAAGGAGCUGUACCUCAAGGAGGUCGAGAUCAAGGACCUCCACAUGGAUUGCGACUGGCUCCUCGCCAACUUCGAGGUGCGCAAGUCGGCGCGGGCGGGCGAGGUGGACUCCCUGAAGAGUGCCAAGGCCGUCCUCUCAGGGGCCGACUACUCGCUCGUGCAGACAUCCUCCGUGCAGGAGAUGAUAUGGCAUAUCACUUGGUCACUCGAGCCGAAUGCCCCAGACUUCGACUCCGAUUCGACGCAGGCGAGGCACCGGAGCGGCAGCGUCUGGGCGAGCAUCGCGGGGAGCCCCUGGUUCCAGCAGGGCACGCUCGUGGUGAUCGUGGUGAACGCGGCCUGGAUUUGCGUGGACGUGCAGUUUAACAACAGCAAGCUGAUGAAGGACGGGAGGUACCCGCUGGAGCCUUACUCGACGGCGGUCGAGCACCUCUUCGCGUCCGUCUUCUUCAGCGAGCUGCUCAUCCGCUUCCUGGCCCUCAAGCAGAAGCUGACGUGCAUGCGGGACCGGUGGUUCGUCUUCGACGCCAUCCUGGUGCUUUUCAUGGUGCUGGAGACCUGGAUCGUGCCACUCAUCAGUCUGAUGCUCGACCAAGACGGCGGCUCCGGGGGCAUGCUGGCCAACUUCAGCAUGCUGCGGCUGCUGCGCCUUCUGCGGCUGACGCGGAUGGCCAGGAUCGCGCGCUUCUUCCCCCAACUCAUGGUCAUGGUGAAGGGCAUGGUGGAGGCGGUCCAGUCCGUCUUCUUCUUCCUGCUGUUCCUGCUGAUCUGCACGUACGUCUUCAGCCUCGUCUUCACGGGCGUCCUGUUCUCGGACAGGGAGUACACGGGGCGGAGGCUUCUCCCGCGGCUCCUCGCGUCCGCCGACGCCGACGAGGCGGGCGAGGACCCUACUGCCGAAGAGAUGUUCUGCACUUUGUUUUCUGCGAUGAUGACGUUCUUCACGAACGGCGUCAUGCAGGACAACUUGGCGCAGACGGUGACGGCCAUCAAGGACUCCAGCUUGUUCCUCUUCUGGAUGUUCGUCGUAUUCGUGAUCAUUGCUUCGGUUACGCUGCUGAAUAUGCUCGUCGGAGUGCUGUGUCAGGUAAUAGAGGUCAACACCUUGAGGGAGGAGACCCGAGCCAGGGACAGACUAGUGCGCGAGACCCUGCUCCAGGCUUUCGAGGAGAUGGACGAUUCGAAUGACAAGAGAAUAUCCGAGGAGGAGUGGCAAGAACAGAAGAACGACAAGGGCUUUCGCGGGCUGUUUCUUGCCCUGUUCCCCGGUCUCAGAGAGGAUGAAUUGGCCAUGCAAUUGGAAAAGCUUGAGGAGGCGCUGUUUAAGAAGAAGAAGAAGCCAGAGUAUUCUCCGAGGGGAAUCAUGGACCAUGCUCCCGUGCAUCUCUUUAUGCGGGACACCAGCACCCUAAGUUCUGAGAAGGUGGACAACUCGAUCAGUUUCGACCACUUCGUGGACUCGGUCAUCGCCCUGCGAUGGGACGGCAACGCUGGCGUCCUGGACGUUGAGAUGAUGGCCUCGGAAGCCAGGCAGGAGGAGCGGAAGAUGCACGACAGGAUCGGCGCCGUCGAGCGCCACCUCUCGAGGGCCCUGGCGACGAGGGGCAGGCUGCGGCGCAGUCUCGGCUCGGCGGCGCCGGGGGCGGCGAAGGCCGCCGGGGGCGGCCCCGCCGCCAGUGGGCCGCGCGGCCUGCAGAGCGCGCCGCCGCCCGCGUGGCUGGGAGAGGUCCCCAUCGAGCUGCUGUUCCAUGCUCUCAAGGGCCGGCCGUCGGCUGAGAAGGGCUGA